AAGGUUGAAUUGGAGGCGUGUGCUGUCCCGGCGCAGUGGGAGCGCGCAGAGAGGAAGGGAGGGCAAUCUGCUGCCGAGUCUAAUAAGACCCGAUGGCUGCUGCAAGGUGGCCAGGAGCGCAGCAACGCUGCAGGGCCCAAGAGAAGGAAGACAAAAGAGGAUGACUUCAUGACUCGGACUUUGCGGCGCAUGCCGUGGCGCACGAGGAGGAUUUGCGUGGGGACUGCAGAGGGGCGCCACUUGUAUAAGAGCUGUGUUGACAUGACAGGUACAAGAUGAAGCUGACUUCAAGUGCUCAGGUGGCUUUAAAUCAGCUCCUAAUCAUGAGCACAACCGGAGCAGAGAGCCUUCACAAAAGGCGUUGUAGAUUUUAGAAGCUCAUCAACUCGCGCUUUACAGUUCCGACUCCUGUUCCAUCUCAAGCGUAAAGGAUGUCCUAACACCAACUGAGUUUUUAUGCUCAAACUACCAGUGUUUUGGAAUGGACCAAGCUGUGACCCCAGCCUACAUGUCUCCCACCUGAAGCAUCAAGCCUCCCCAAUGAAGCAGCCCCGCUGGGCCCGCAGCACCUGGCUGGGCCUGCUCGCCCUGUGGACCUGUCUGUGCGUGGCCGAGGGAUGCGGGCCGGGCCCGGGCUACGGCGUCCGCUCCAGGCCCAGGAAGCUCACGCCCAUGCACUACAAGCAGUUUUUCCCCAACUUUUCCGAGAACAACCUGGGGGCCAGCGGCAGGGCAGAGGGUAAGAUCACGAGAAACUCGGAACGUUUCAACGAGCUGGUGUGCAACUACAACCCAGACAUUGUUUUCAAAGAUGAGGAGAACACCAAUGCGGACCGCUUCAUGACUAAGCGCUGCAAGGAAUGUUUGAACAGGCUGGCGAUUGCAGUUAUGAACCAGUGGCCAGGGGUGCACCUCCGGGUGACAGAGGCCUGGGACGAGGAUGGUCACCACCCUGCUGGAUCUCUGCACUAUGAAGGUCGGGCUGCGGACAUCACGACUGACGACAGAGACACAGACAAAUACGGACUGCUCGCCCAGCUGGCUGUAGAGGCAGGCUUUGACUGGGUCCACUAUGAGUCCAAAUAUCACAUCCAUUGCUCUGUCAAAGCUGAUCACUCAGUUGCGGUGGAAAAAGGAGGCUGUUUCCCAGGCUGGGCCCGGGUGACUCUUGCUGGAGGGAGGCAGAAGAGCAUGUCAUUACUAAAUCCCGGGGACAGAGUGAUGGCCAUGUCUAGCACAGGUCAAAUAGUAUUUAGCUUGGUCCUGUUCUUUCUACACCGGGAUCAAGAAGCUUGGGUCACUGUUCUGUCUCUGGAGACAGAAGAUGGCCAUAGAUUGGCCGUCACACCACAGCAUCUGGUGUUCUUGGACUCCGACUGCACUCUUGACAACAGCAAGUACCAAGCACGAUUUGCCAGCAGAGCCAGAGCCCGCCACUGCAUUUUGAUCCACAGAGCAGACGGUCAGAUACGUCCGUCUCGAAUCAGUUCCAUUUCGGUGCAAAGGACAACUGGAGUGUAUGCACCUUUGACAGAAGAUGGAACUUUGUUUGUGGAUGGGGUGCUGGUGUCCAGCUAUGCACUCGUAGAAGGUCACAUGCUGGCACACUGGGCCUUCGGACCUCUGCGACUCAUUUCCUCAUUCCAGCACCGACUUUGGGGGGAAAGCACAAUGCAAGAGCAGACAACUUUCAUUAAUACAACAGCAUUUCAUCAUAACACACAUUUCUAUGCGAGUAAGAGUUCUUCGAUCACAUAUCAGGAUGUGGAUGGAGCUCGGAGAAUGAAAGUGAAAGAGGGACUCAACUGUCAGACAUCCAAUGUGCACUGGUAUGCUCGAGUUUUGUACAGUGUGGGUUCUAUUAUUUUGGAUUCAAACUCUUUUCAUCCUUAAAAGUAUCGGGUUUUUUAAAUGUGUUUUCAUGGUAACUAAUUCCUUUGCUUGUCUGUGCACUCGGUUGUGUGUAAUUCUUCUUUUGAAUAUGGAGAUUUUUUCACACGCAUUAGAAUUUUUGUCAAAUCAAUAGAUUUUGUUUAUUUUUCUACCAUCUGAAAUGUCAUGUAUGUUUCGUAUUUUGAUUAUUGCACCAUACGUAUUGUAUGUCUUCACCUUUUGUCAUCAAACAUUAAAAUGUAAUUUAAUGAGGGAA